AGAUAGAGAGAUGAUCAGAGGGAUCAACUCAGAGCAUUAGUGUUUGUUAAGAAUUCGUUUAUAUAUCUUUCACAUACAAUAAUUAAGUAGAGAUAUAUAAUGGAUAAAACCUCCAUGACUGCUAUAUUCCUUCUUAUUGGAAUCUUUUCCUCCGUGCAAUUUGCAGAUGCACAAGUUGGAGUGUGUUAUGGAAGAAAUGGAGACAACCUACCAAGUCAGCAACAAGUGAUAAACUUAUACAAAUCAAAUGGAAUCACGAGAAUGCGCAUAUAUGAUCCAGAUCAAGCAACCCUCCAAGCCCUCAAAGGUUCAAACAUAGAAUUAAUCCUUGAUGUCCCCAAUGACAACCUUCAAUCCCUCACUGAUUCCACAACCGCCACUAAUUGGGUCAACACAAAUAUCAAAGCCUUUUCAGAUGUCAAAUUCAAAUACAUAGCCGUUGGUAAUGAAGUCGACCCCAGUGACUCUAACUCACAAAACAUUCUCCCCGCAAUGCAAAACAUUCAGAAUGCAAUUAAUUCCGCAAAUUUACAAAAUCAAAUCAAAGUCUCCACCGCAAUUCAAACCGGCCUAGUAACGAAUUCUUACCCGCCAAGCAACGGUGUUUUCACCGAUUCAGCAUCGAAUUUCAUCAAGCCAAUCGUGAAUUUCUUAGUCCAAAAUGGUGCACCACUUCUUGUAAACGUGUACCCUUAUUUUUCAUAUGCUCAAAACCAACAGAGCAUUAGUAUUGAGUAUGCUCUGUUCACUCAACAAGGUAACAAUGAUGUUGGAUACCAGAAUCUGUUCGACGCAAUACUCGAUUCUGUUUACGCGGCGCUCGAGAAAUUAGGCGCCAAUAAUUUGAACAUUGUUGUGUCUGAGAGUGGGUGGCCAUCAGCAGGGGGUGUUGCUGCUAGUGUUGAUAAUGCAGGAACUUAUUAUAAGAAUUUGAUUAAUCAUGUUAAGGGUGGAACUGUUAAGAGACCUAAUGGACCAAUUGAGACUUAUUUGUUUGCUAUGUUUGAUGAAGAUUUGAAGACGGGUGAUGAAACUGAGAAACAUUUUGGCGUGUUUAAUCCUGAUCAGUCACCUAAGUAUCAACUUAGUUUCAAUUGAAGUAAAGACUUAUAUACAGAUCUUUAUGUGAAGUUGAUAGUUGAAAAUUAUUAGAUAAAUUAAAUUAUCUAACAAUUCUCAAAUAUCAACUUUACAUGAACACAAAUCCACAGUUAGUUUUUACCUUUACCUUCGAUUGAACAUUGUGUUUGUGUUUGUGCUGUCUAGAACUACAAUAAGGGUAUAAUAGUACUUGUGCCCAUGGCAAAAACAGAUCAAUAAUGUAAUGUACUAUAUACAAUUUGUAAACUUGCAAUCCAAUAAAUAAAAACUAUAUAUUGUGAUA